AAUGCAGCUCGCUCCCGGUAGAGGGAAGUCUCGUUGGAUGAUUCCUUAUAGGUGAAGGAAAUCAACUAGCGUGGAGCUAAUUUUUCGUAAUGUAUCAAAGGGAGCAGUUUGGACAAAAGAAAAAAAAACAAUGACUAAUCCUGAGAAGAAAGUAGAGAAAAGUAUUUGUGGAGAUUAUUGUGAUCAGCAGCAAAACUAUGGAGAUGGAGAUGGGGAAAAUUUCUGGGACACAUUUGAGCUUCUGGAAAUUGAUGGGAAUGAUGAAAGAUCCAGUGAACAGGUGACAGGAAAUGAGAAUUGGUGUUCGAGGAAUGUUCUAAGGAAACAACGGCACUGGGAGAAGAUUGUUUCUGCAAAGAAGGAUAAAAGAAAAUGUGAAAGAGAACGACGUAAAGCGAAACAUGCUGAACAAAAAGGCACUGCUCCUCAACUUAGUAAGCGAGAUUUAAAAGCCAUUGCAAAAGAUCGUCUUCUAGAGGCCAAGGCUACGGGGCCUCGGCUGUGUAUUGAUAUGAGCUUGACCAGUCACAUGACUAACAAGGAAAUAAGUCGGCUUGCGGCACAGAUUAGGCGGCUUUAUGGGUCCAACAAGAAAGCUCAAAAGCCCUUUUGGCUCCACCUCACAGGGAUUGUGAAAAACAGUCCUAUUUAUGAAGCAUGCUUGAGAAUGAAUGAUGGAUUUGCCAAUUAUCUGAUGGAUGUGACUGCAGAAAGUUAUCUUGACCUAUUUCCUUUGGACAUGAUUGUAUAUCUCACACCGGAUUCUGAUAAUGUUCUUGAGGAAGUUGAUCCACAAAAAGUACAUAUUCUGGGAGGGCUGGUGGAUGAAAGCAUUCAAAAGAAACUCACUUUCCAAAUUGCCCAGGAAAGACAUCUGCAGACAGCACGAUUGCCUAUUCAAGAGUACAUGGUAAAGAACGUCAAUGCAAAAAAUUACCACUCAACAACCUUGGCCAUCAACCAAGUGUUUGAUGCCUUAUCAACUUUCUGUGAUACCAAGAAUUGGGAAGAGGCACUUAAAGUUGCAGUUUCUCCUGGAAAGGGAUACAUCUUCAAAGACACAAAGUGACAAAAGGAUUCAGGAUACUAAUAUGAGAAAACAAGAUUUGGUCUGUUUUUGGUAACCUACAACAGUCUCCUUUACCCAAUUGUAUUCUGGAUAUUUUGGACUACAGUGACUACAAUUUCCAGUUGUAAAUUAUGGGAGUUUGACUCCAGCACUACUGUAUAUAGACAUGUGGGGAGAGUAAACAAGUCAUUGAUCUUCA